CAACGGUUGAGCUUGAAUUCAAAUCGAGAAAAAGCGGCUUCUGGUUGGCCGGGGCGACCGUUUGUCCGCAUGCGCACUACGGGAAUUUAAAAUGAUGCAUUCGGAACUAUCGGAAAUUUAGUGAGGCGGGCGGAGUGCAUUCAUACGAGCUGAAGCGAUUGAUUUGUUCCGGGGUUGAAAUAAUGGAAAAAUAAGGUGACAUACUACAUAAGUGAACUAUAUAUGUGCACAUUAUUUGCGGAAAAUAAGGCAGAUCUAAACAUCUAAAGUCUUGAUAACAUAACACAUCUCAGAGCACGCGUUUCUCUGACUUUCUACGCGUGCACUUGAAUGUGCUCCCAAAAGUUUGGCGUGUGUGUGUGUGCGUGCGUGUGUGUCGUCCGUAUUUCCGCGUUUCUGCAGCAGCAGGAAUUUACUGAGAGCACUUGAAGGCAGCACGAGAAGGAACAGGAAAUGAAAGCUCUGUUUUGGACACUUUGCUCCGAGCAGACGGUGAGUUUUUAAUCUGCACAUCUCUCGCUGAAAACCUCCUUUUUUAUAAAAACUGUGCACAUUGUGUCACCAAGACUUAAACGAACAGAUGAGACGACAGACGAUAAUAAGUGAAAGGCUGCGAACAACGAACCCGAAACAUUUAUAAUGUGGCUAAUGGCGUUACUGCUCUCUGGAAGUGAGAAGUUAGUUUAUAUAAAGUGUUUUAAAAAGGCACAGUAUUGUGUGGACACUACAUUUUCCGGUUGUUUGAGGUGUCACUGAAAGUACCACCCAUGUACCUCCAUACUGAGUUUAUUUGGUUGUCACCCUGUGAAAGAAAAUGAUCUUCUUCUCCCUAAACCCUCAGUCCUGAGCCUGGACUCUAGUCUCCAACCAUGGACAACCUAGAGGAGGACCUGACGUGCUCCGUGUGCUACUCUCUGUUCUCGGACCCGCGAGUCCUGCCGUGCUCGCACACCUUCUGUAAGACCUGCCUGGACAACUUGCUCCAGGUGUCUACCAACUACUCCAUCUGGCGUCCGCUCCGGCUGCCUCUAAAAUGCCCCAACUGUCGCAGCGUGGUCGAGUUGCCCCCAGCGGGCGUAGACGCUCUGCCCAGCAACGUAUCGCUGCGGGCCAUCAUCGAGAAAUACCAGAGUGACAGCGAGCCGCGACCCCCUUCCUGUCAGGAGCACCAAAGGCAGCCUCUGAACAUGUACUGCAUCCAGGAUCGGCAGCUGAUCUGUGGGCUGUGUCUGACCAUCGGGCAGCACCAGGGCCACCCCAUAGACGACCUGCAGGCAGCGUUCAUUAGAGAGAAACAGACCCCAUCACUGCUGCUGGCCAGACUCUCUGAGCGUAGAUGGGCUCAGGUGUGUGAGCUGGGAGAGCAGCUGGAGCAGGAGAAGGCCCGCUGUGAUGGUCUGGUGAGGCAGGACCGACAGGAGGUCAAUCAGUUCUUCCAGACGCUGGAGGCAGUGCUGGCUAGGAAGAGACAGGCCUACCUGGAGGCGCUGGAUAAAGCCGGUGCGGAGGUGUCCCGGGCCUACGACCCUCUCAUCCACACAGUGAAGGAUCUACAGGAAGAACAGUUGGACCUGGUGUCCUUGGGUUCAUCAGUAGAGGAUGAGGACUCGCCGCUCGUCUUCCUGGAGAAGGUGCAUUUGUUCCGAGAGAGGGUGGAGGAGUUUAUCACAACCCCUCUGCCCUCAGUGAUAAACCUCUCCGUCACCCCGCGGGCAGCAGAGUACCUCCGGCAGCACUGGCCCGCGGUGACGAUCGGGAGCCUGGAGGAAGCCCCUGUCCCGAAGGUGUGCUGCUGUGCCCGAUGUGGCGGCGUGGAGGCCGGUGUGGAAACAGACGCCGAGGGCGAUCGGUCCGACGGCUGGGCUCGGGACCUGUGGUGCGAGCUGCGGCCUACCACCUCCGUGGUGCUGCUCGGGCUGCUGCUGCUGGCGGUGGCGCUGUGGGCCAACCCGGUCGGAGGGGCGUCGCUCGGUUUCUCUCUGGUCUCCCGGUUCAGUCAGCUGGUCCACGGCCUCAGCAGCGAACUGAUCGCAUCCGUGUGGGACGCGGCGGGGUCUGCAUACGUGGUGAUGGAGGCCACUGUAGACAGAUGGAGCUCUCACCUCUCCUCAGUGGGUGAAAAGGCCUUCCAGCAGCUGACUGCCUCAUUUAAAACUCUGACAUCACACUGAAAACACACCAAACUGGAACCAUCAACUUUUUAUUUAGAGGAGAUUGAGAAAGUCUCACUUCUGCAUUCCUGUAGCGAAAGGAAAUAAUCCACCCUAAAAAUCCCUCUUUGAACAUCCGCCAUUCAUGAUUUCGCACGUCUGUUGUUGUGUUUCUAAGUCUGAUAGCGAACACAUAAUUAAUCCGAUUGUGCUGUUAGCUUCACUGUGAAACAAGCAUUUCUUUUUAGACCAACACUGAACCCUAUGUGCUAACAGUGGAGUAAAUGGACCACAAUGCAUUGCAGGUACUUUUUACUCCUUUUGUUGCUGUUAAUGCUUCACCAAAUCCAGGCAACGAGUAAACAAAUGACCCGAUAGUCGAGGCCGGUUUAGGUAAAACUGACACACACACACACGUAAACGUUUUCAUUCAUUAACCGUCACAUGUAGAUGAUGAUGUUAAUCUGAGGGUGGAUUUUUUUCCCCUUUGGCCUCAGUUCAAAGAUUCCCAGAGGUCCCGUGCAGAUCCGGGGGAAAGCAGAUAAAGAGAUAAAAAAAAACUGAUAUCAAGCUCUUUUUAUAAUUUGAGCAGUUUAUGUAGCUGUAAAUCUUUUUAUAUAUUGAAUGGCGUUAUUGUCGAGUGUUAUGUUCCUCUUUGGUAGUCACUAAUAAUAGUCUAUCCUAUCAAACACUAAUAAAACAUUAUUUUUGGACAUAGAUCGAGGUUUUCACGGAGCAAAGAAGGAAAGGUGUUCAGUAUGGAAACGUUAAACCGGUGCCUAGAGACUCUCAAGUCAACCUUUCCCAUCAUGCAGCGGGACACUUCGGUAGCGUUCCCCGUUGUGUCAGAGAGCUCAGGACACCAGUACACAGCUGCACAUGUAUCUCCUUACACAAGACUGUUUACAGUAUGUGAACUUUAGAGCCUGGUGAGUGGAACCAGACACACAGUGGACCACAGAUCAUGUUGCAGCGAGUGGCUCCCUCGCUGCGCCUUCAUCUCAGCCUCCACUUAACAGCCUUAUUGUACUGGACUGUAAUUCCACCACGAUCAAUACGUCUGGGUUUUUUUAAGCUAUUUUAAAACGUAUUAUAGCCUUUGGAAAAGCUUUACCAGUGCGUCCCACAGAUGUUACUUUAUUUCGCUCAAGCAGACUCUUUAGCCGGACCGAACCACCAGCUUGAGCGUCUGUCAGACGUCUACAUGUACAGGUAUGACGCAGACUAGGAUCUUCUAUGUUACUGCAAACACCACAGACCGAACAAGUGUUACAUGACUCAGACCUGUUGCAGUGGUUGUAUUUUUCUAAAUGUAUUCUCAGUUCCUGUAUUUUAAAAGAAAGUCAUAAUAAAUGUAUUCAAAUGCU